UUUUUCAUCCACUUUCUCGGGAAAUGGAAAAUGUCUGCGAAGCUUUUCUGAUCUUCUGCCAACUCGAUCCGCCCAAUUUUCUUCCACUUUCCUGAGAAACGCUACUUUCUCAGGAAAAUGUCUCCAACACAGUGAAUUCCGAGGCACUGCAAUUUUCCCGAGAAACUCUACUUUCUCGGGAAAAUGUCGGGAUCGCAUGCAAGCAAGUGGCUUCGGGAUUGUAAAAACAGAGACUUCAGGCAUUCCAGAGUUCGGACUUGAGGAGAUACUAGAAUUUGCUGUUCCUGAACCCGGGCGCAGCUAUCUCAACCGUCUUACUUCUCCAAACUCCAUAUACUCUCGGAAAUCCAAGUAUCAGACCACCAGAGAUCUGAGGCUUUGUUCAGAAAAAUUAUACCAACUGUACGGAAUACAUAUUUCGGCCACCGGAGAUGACAAAACCUGGAACAGAGCGUACAAGCGUCUCGUUAAGGGCUUACCAGACAUAAUGCAGGUAGCGGACGUCGUGGUGGAGCACAAGAACGACAUCUUCAACUUGCAGACGUUUCUUUCUCUCCCACUGAAUCCAGCGGCAAGUCAGAAGAUACUGCCAAUUUUUGUGCAAAUUGUCAACUGGGGAAUAAAACAGGUGAUCAUUGAAAGGCGUGCAGGAGAUGAGACUUCGUUGUAUAAAGAAGCAAAGAGGACAUUUGGACGCAAGAUUAAGGUAGUGUUGAAGGAUUCUGAGAAAAUGGAAAAGUACCUUGCCUAA